GUUGAAAAUUAUCGCACAUUUAUAGGUUAGGACCUAACCUAACUAUCGUAGCGGGGACCACUGGCGAGAGUGGCGAGGACACGAGGAAGAUUUAACCUAAAUCUGGGUUGUGAUUAAUGUUUUCUAAGUGACACACUUGAUUUAAAAUAAAAGAAAGAAAGAAUAAAAAAUAUAUAUGAUUAAUGUCACAUUUCUACAAGUUGUCAAAUAAAAGAAUGUAAUGUCCCGCUCCAAACUUUGGCAGUUUGGUAUACCGUUUAUGAUCUUUAUUGUCGGUGGAUCAUUCGGUCUCCGAGAAUUUACGGAGUUACGUUAUAGGUAUAAACGUACAAAUGAUUAUAAGCUACGUGACGAAUUAGAAAAAGAUGGUUUUCAAAUGAGACAACCGGAGGAAAUUACUUUGGAGAUGGAAUAUGAAAAGUUAAAAAAGAUGGAUCUUGACAAUUGGGAAAAUGUUCGAAUAACGAGACCAUGGAAAGAAUAAGAAAAUGUAAGAAGUCAAUAAAAUGUUUUAAUAUACUACCAGAAACAACAUAUGAUUAACAUCAGUUUUUAAAGAUUUUGUAAUACCUCUGGUGAAUUACUGGGAGGUUUAUUACUAGCCCUAAGAAAUAAAUAUAAUAGGUUUUCAUAUGA